AUGAGUGCUUUAUUUAACUGUGGAUUAUGCUGUAUGAUUUUGAGUUCUUGGGCCACUGUGCAGCUGGUCAUAAUGGGAGUACUGUUAAAAAUAGAAGCACUUUCACUUCUAGGGGACGUUGAAGCGGAAACUUACACGGACUAUGACGACUUUAUUAAACAAACGAAAAAUAAUUAUAGCAUGGUUGCUAUUAAUUGUUGGAUUGCCGCUGCAAUUUACCUCUUGAUGAUCGUCAUUUCCUAUCUAUGUAUUAUAAAAGCACGACGAAAUGAACGCAAUAAAGCUCGAAAAUUGGAGGACGACGAAUUGUUUUGUGAAGAUAAGUCCAAAGUGAUAUAA